AUGGCCGAGCACCACAACCGCCUCGAGCCAUUCCUCCUUCUCGCCCGCGCCACAAAGGGCGCGGCCGCGGCCAAGGUGGUCAUGGACGCGACCGCUGCCAACGGCGUCUAUACCUUCUCUGAGCUCAUGGACCUCCCCAACAUCAAGGAGCUUGAGAGCGACCCAGCGCUCAAGAAGCACCACACGCUGCUGACCCUCUUUGCCUACGGCACCCUCGCCGACUAUGCUGCUGCCCCCGACAACUACCCUCCCCUCACACCCACGCAACAAGAGAAGCUCAAGCACCUGACACUCGUCUCACUUGCCCUCAAGCACCGCCGUCUUCCCUACGCCCAGCUGUCCGCGGCGCUACAGGUCGGGUCUACGCGCGAGCUCGAGGGCCUGAUCAUCGAUGUCAUCUACGCCGACCUCCUGGGCGGCAAGAUGCACCACCACGAGCAGGUCUUCCACGUCGACUGGGUCAACGGCCGCGACCUGUCCAAGUCGGACCUCGUCGAGGUCAAGACCGGCCUGGAGACGUGGUGCAAGAACACUGAGACGCUCCUCGCCGCGCUGGACCAGCAGAUCGCGGAUGUCCGUGCCAAGACCAUGCGCGAGGCCGAGGACCAGGCGGUCUACCAGAAGAAGCAGGACGAGGCCUUCCUCUUUGCGCGUGAACAGGUGGCGAACCGUUCAAAGGGCAAGGACAAGGCCGCCGAAUCGCUCGAGAGGUUCCUCGGCAGCCACGCCGACUACGAGGACGAGGGAACCGACGUGCCAAUGUACGAGCCGCGUGGCAUGCCCAGGCCCAGCCGCAGCAUGGAGUCGAUAGAUGAGCUCUCGAACCAGAGGGCCAAGAAGCGCGCCAAGGACUAG